AUGCCUGUGAGCACGUGCAGCACAGAUCUCUUGGUUAAAGUACAAGGACAGAAUGUACUACACGCCUGUAAGCAUGGCCUGUCUACCAGCCACAUGGGAUAGGGCUUCAAAAAGAGUUACUAGCAAGUUCAUUCUUUAACAAAAAAGGAAAGUUUGGAGAAGAACUUUACUUACCCCAUGUACAAAGGAGGAAGCUUCAAAAGAAGCCAUUCAUGUAUGGGUGGGGCUGCAGAAGGACCACAGCAGAGAAUCCCUCAACGGUAAGGAACUGUGUUAAUCAGGAGUGGCCAGAAGGCUCCUCUCCGGGCCUCAUGGGGAGAAACCCUGGUCUAAUGAGAGGCCUGGACCCGGCCUGUCAGGACCAAAGCAGCACGUGCGAGAAUGCUGUGGGCCAAGAGGCGGCGGUGGUUACCAACCCCAGCCCCGGCCCUGCAGCUGACCAUGCAGGUGACGCCUUGCCUGGGUGUCUCCAGUGCAGCUGAACAUCAGGGCCUCUGCUGGACGGAAGCACCAAGUCACCACUCUGCCCCCAGGGGCUGGAGCUGGACCACUGCUACGAGAGAGGACGCUGCUGUGGCUGCUCCAGCUUCAGCCCUUUCCCUGCACCAAGAUGUCCCAGCGGGCAGCUGGGUGCUCACAGUUCCCAUUGGGCCAUCAGAGGAGGAUCAAAGAUCAACCUUCCCGCGUGGGCCCCUGCCUGCCUGCCUGGGGGGCUUCCUGCCUGUCUCCUGGUCCCCCGGAGCUCCACAGACUCUGCCAGCUGCCGCUUUAAAGGUGGGAAGGAGUUUUCUGAUCCUCUGGACAUCCCUGCGGCUGGAGCUAGCGCCUUCCCCGCCCUCCGCCGGCCCGGGCCCCGGCCCCGUACUCUGCUGCAUCCUUCUCGGGGCUCCUCUGACCCAUUCCCGAGUCACCUGAGGGCGCUGCUUCCCCGCGGCCGCCCUGGGUUACUGCGGGGCCCGGACCUCAGCCUCCGCGCCCGAGAGACCCCAAGAGACCCCGGGGAGCCCGCCGGGGAGGCGCGGGCUCUGCUCCUGGGUCCCAAAGCACCGGCUGCGCCUUAG